UUCUUGUGAGAGUUGGCUUUGGUGCUCGCCUCCUCCUGCUGCUGCUCCUCCUCCUGCUUGGUCUCCUUUGCUCACCCCUCGUCCUUAUCAGAUUGCCCCUGCCCCUCCGGCCGCUCCUUGUCGCCACUGCCGUCCGCCGUGUGGUCAGCGGCCCCUCAACCAUCCGCCACAGACACCCUCCCUCUCUCUCUCUCUCUCUCUUUGGAUGGCCAUAGACAAAACACCACAGCAGCACAACAGCACAGCGCUCCCAAGCCCGACUCGAUCAACUUCCCUCCCUCCAUCGUAUGCAGAGUGAAAAUCCACCAAGCCCCCCAGCAAGAACAUCCAUCCGUCAGUACACGUAGCAAAAGGCAGGGAAAGAGAGAGCCAGGAGGGCCGCUGGCAUAACGGAAAGACAGACAGCCGAGGGGAGGGGAGGGGAGGUCAGAAAGCAUAGUGGCUGUGGGCGAGGGACACCACGAAAGAAAAGAAAUGAAGGAACAAAAGAAAAAAAGUCGCUUUGUCGGGCUGUCUGGAUCUCUCUACGAAAAACACAAGAGGACGAAAAAGAAAACAAAUGUCGGCCGCCAAAACAAAACACAACAAACACGGGCGACCGACGCACAACAGAAAAAAAAGUCAGUCAGUGGGAGCGCUCGGGAGCGCCCCACCAGAUCGAAUAAACCCCCCACACCAUUCUCAUCCACCAGUCCUGCCGCGCCGACCUCACCCACCAGGUGUUGCCCUCCCCGCGCUCCCACAGCAUGACGCCGUUGACGUCGUCCUCGUACCAGCCCUCCUCCGCCUCCCCCUCCACUCCAGCGAGGCCGGUCAACUCGACCUGGGUGGCCAUGAACGGCUGGAACUGGAGCUUCGGGGGGGCGGGAGGGGAGGGGGGCAGGUAGUAGUGGUGCUGUGGGUGGGGGAGGGGCGGGGCGCAGGUGGUGGGCGGGUUGGUCGGGGCCUGAUCGAGCUCCUCGUCCGACCAGUUCUCCGCCACCUGUUCAGCACACAGCACAGCACAGCCCAGAGAUGAGUGUCGGCGUAUGUGUCUGAGGUGCGUGAUGAGUGUGUUUCAUGGCGUUGCGCGUGCGUCGCAGACUCACAUCAAACAUGUGGCGGAGCGCGUGAAGGAGCUGAUCCUGGUCCUGGGCAUCGUGCCAUCUAUGGAACUCCUGCAGAAAAGCACACAGAAGCCAUCGGAAACACUCCUGGGUCCAUUGGCUCCAGGUUUGCUGAUGCAAGCGUCGAAGGCGUGAGCUGCCUUGCAUUGGCAUGGCCGCACUCCCCGCCCUUUCACUCACCUCGGGGUGGUGGUCCCACAGCGCAGCGACCUUGUCGCACCACUCCAACACGUUAUCCCUACUCAAGUUGGGGAACUCUGGGGGGGCGGCAGGCAUCUUCUUCACAGCGGCGGCGCCUUCUCC